AUGGAGAACUAUAAUUCGUCUCUUCAUGAUGAACGUAACAAAGCUGCAAAUAUUCCUAAGGAUGAUCGAGGUAAGCCGCCUUUAAUGGUUAAGGGUAUUGCUAGCCGUAUUGUGUCUAUUGAUGGUAACCCUUUAGCACCACGUCGGGGAAGCUUUCAGAACUUGCAACCUGAUCCGAAACCUAUUAACAUUAUUGAUGAGCUUACGAAAGUCACAGUGCCUGUUGAUCAGGUGUGUUCUCAAUCUGUUCAGAAUCUUGAGGAGGGAGAGAAUAUCAAGGGUUUCCAAGGGUCGUAUGCGGAUAGAGUGAAGAUCAAUACGACAGCUAAGCGUGAGGUAAAUUUCAGAUUGCUUGAGUCUUUGGAGAGUGUGGAGGAGGCGGAUGUUGUUAUUCCUAAGGAAGCUAUACGACAGGUUCAAAAGAAAUUUGAGAAUGUUCUUUACGGUUACUUUCUAGGUGAUAGAUUGCCUUUUCCCGUUGUUGAGUACUAUGUUAAGAAUGUAUGGGCGAAAUAUGGAUUCGUUAAGCUUAUGAUGAACUCAGAUGGUUUUUUCUUUUUCAAAUUUGAAUCCAAGGAGGGUAUGCAUAAGGGUCCGUCUGUAAGUUUAAAGAAGGAGGGAAUUAAGUCGGUUCCAGUACGGAUUAGGCUACAUAAUGUUCCUUUGGCCGUAUACACAGAUGAUGGUCUGAGUUUGCUGGCCUCUAAGGUGGGAAUUCCGAAAAGGUUAGAUAGUUAUACGGCGGAUAUGUGCAUUGAGAAUUGGGGUAGAACUAGUUAUGCUCGUGCAAUGGUUGAGAUAAAUGCUGAUAAGGAACUAAAAUCUCAUGUAGUGGUUGCCAUUCCAAAAAUGGAUGAAGAAGGAUUUGUGAUGGAGAGAGUUAAGGUGGAAUACGAAUGGAAACCUCACCAUUGUGAAACUUGUUGUUUAUUCGGCCAUAAUAUUUCUUCAUGUCCAAGGGUUUCCAAGGAGAAAGCAAAGCAGAUUAUAAUUGACGAAGAGGGUUUCAUAAUGGAUAAAAGAAAGACUGCCAAGCAUGGUUUUCCGCAAAAGAAGCAAAGGCCGAAGUUUAUAUACAAACCUAAGCAAAACAUGGCAGGUGCUAGUACAUCGGGAACCAAAAACCAAGGGGACUUAAAGGAAGUUGACCUGGUAGUCAACUUGCAUAACAAAUAUGAAAUGUUAGGAGGGGAUGGAUUCAAUUCGGAUAAUCUAAAUGGGCAGAGCUCAUCAGAGCUGAAAAAUGAUACGUUGGAGGGAACAAAUAUGGAGGAAAACAAUUCAAAAAAUCAGAAUUCAAACUUGGAGGGUGAGGAAGCAUUAAUAGAUCCAUGUCACACGGAAAUUUCGUCGUUCAUGUCAGCAAAUAAGAAGAAGGUCAACUCUGAGGGGGCAAGCACUCCCGGUGAUAUGGAAUCUCAUGUGGAGGUGUCAAAGCUUUCUAAGAUAUGCAGUAGAGUCUUUAAACAAUGGGAGUGGACCUCGAAUGGUGGUGUUUGUAAUAGAGGUACUAGAAUCAUAAUAGGCUGGAACAACGAUGUGGUUGAUCUUAUGGUCUUAGCCCAAACGGAUCAGGAGCGUCGGGAGUUAUGGCAAGAUUUGAUGAAGCAUAAGUUGGUUGUUGGUAACCAGUCGUGGAUUGUCCUAGGGGAUUUCAACUCGGCCCUUUACUUGGAUGAUGUUUUACGUGGUUCGUCUGCUCCGUCUAUAGGUAUGAGGGAUUUUUUUGAUUGUGUUCAACAUUCUGAGCUUCUUGAUAUCCCGGGGCAUGGGCUUCAUUUUACGUGGAACCAAAAGCCAAGGGAAGGGAUUGGUAUCCUUAAGAAAAUAGACCGGGUUAUGGGGAAUGUAAGUUUCUUGGAUAUGUUUCCUAAUGCUCAUGUGCUAUAUCACCCUUAUAGGGUAUCCGAUCACACGCCGUGCAUUCUUAAAAUGGAUUGGGUUUGCCGGCCAAAGCCCAAACCGUUUAAGUUUGCAAAUUUUAUAGCCAAUAAAGAUGAGUUCAAAGCGUGUGUUGUGACUGAAUGGAGCAGACAUAUAGAGGGCAUUCCGAUGCUUUCUGUAGUAAAAAAGCUUCGAAAUCUGAAAUCUCCGUUAAGGAAGUUGCUUCAUGAUCAAGGUAAUUUACAUGCUAAAGUCAAAGACCUGAGAUUGCAGCUGGAUGAAGUUCACCGCCAAAUAGAUCUAAAUCCGUUUGAUACUUUGCUUUGGGAUAAUGAAACUGAGCUAAUUAAGAAGUUCCAUUGUGCUUCUUAUGAUGAGGAAUCAUUUUUAAAACAAAAAGCUAAGCUUGAUUGGCUAAGUGCGGGUGAUGGCAAUACUUCCUUUUUUCAUAAUUUUGUCAAAAGUAGAAAUGCCAGGAAUAAAAUCCAUUUGAUUAAAGAUGCUAAUGGUGUUCAGCACGAAGGUGUGGAUGUUGAGAAAGCUCUAGUUGACCACUAUGCUAAUUUUUUGGGUAUUGAAGCUGCAGUGGAAGAUUUAAACAUGGACGACCUUUUUGUAAAUACCGUAAACCCGAGUUCAGCUAAUCAUAUGAUUCGGCCAGUUACAUGUGAGGAAGUCAAGGCGGCUAUGUUCAGUAUUGCCGACAACAAGGCUCCGGGUCCUGAUGGAUAUACUUCGGUAUUUUUUAAGAAAGCGUGGGAUGUAGUAGGUGAUGAAGUUUCGGCCGCUAUCCUUCAAUUUUUUGAGAAUGGUAAACUGCUUCAGCAAGUUAACCAUACAAUAAUUGCCUUGGUUCCCAGAGUUUCCACUCCCUCUUCGGUUUCGGAGUAUAGGCCGAUAUCCUGUUGCAACGUCAUUCUUAAAUGCAUUAGUAAGAUCUUGUCGGAGAGAAUUAAAGGUAGUUUGGCUAGCUUGGUUGAUAUUAGCCAAUCGGCUUUUAUUCCUGGUAGGAAAAUCUCGGACAACAUACUUCUUACGCAGGAACUUAUGCACAACUACCAUUUACAUAGGGGAAAGCCGAGGUGUGCCUUCAAAAUUGACAUCCAGAAAGCAUAUGACACAGUUAGCUGGACGUUUCUCAAGUCUAUCCUUACCAGGUUCGGAUUCCCUACAAAAAUGGUAGGAUGGAUUAUGACGUGUGUCUCUACUGUGUCGUUUUCUCUUAGCAUCAAUGGGAAUCUUUGUGGUUACUUCAAGGGUAGGAGGGGGCUCAGACAGGGCGAUCCUAUAUCCCCUUAUUUGUUCACCUUGGUCAUGGAGGUACUUUCUUUAUUAUUACACAAGGCAGCCGAUGAUCAUCCUACUUUCAGAUACCAUGAUAAGUGUAAACUUCAGAAGAUUAUUAAUGUGUCCUUCGCUGACGACUUGUUUAUUUUUGCUAACCCGGACAUGGUGUCUAUUAGAAUCAUGAGGGAUGCUUUGGAUUUGUUCACUAGAAUUUCGGGUCUUACCCCGAAUCUAGCUAAAAGCACGGUCUUCUUCAGUAACGUUUCGCCUCAAAUGAAGCAAGCUAUCUGCUCUCUUCUUCCGUUUCAGGAGGGAGAGCUUCCCGUUAAGUACUUGGGAGUUCCUUUGAUCUCGACUAAGCUAUCGUUUAAGGAUUGCAAAAUUCUAGUGGACCGAGUUGACAAAAAAAUAGAGCAUUGGUUAAACAAGUCGCUCUCUUUUGCAGGAAGGCUUCAAUUAAUUAAUUCGGUCAUCUCGGCUAUGCACGUUUACUGGGCUUCAGUUUUUAUGCUUCCGGUCCGUAUUGUAGGUGACAUUGAAAAGCGAAUGCGUAAUUUUCUUUGGAGUGGUGGGGCGGCCAAAGGUUCUUAUCCGAAGGUUGCUUGGAAAAAUGUUUGCCUUCCAAAAUCAGAAGGCGGAUUGGGUAUUCGAAGAAUUCAUGACUCGAAUAAAGCACUUCUUGCUAAUCAUAUGUGGAGCAUUCUUAUUAAACGGGAUUCUCUCUGGGUAAAAUGGGUUCAUUCUUACAGGAUCAAAGGGAAAAACUUUUGGGAGCUCCCUUAUCGUGGUAGUAUGACAUGGGGGUGGAGGAAAAUCUUAUCUAUCCGGUCAUCUGUUCGUCCGUUCAUUUGGUUCUUGAUUCGUGAUGGCAGGAAGGCUAAUGCUUGGUACGAUAAUUGGUGCUCUCAUAGCCCUUUGCGGGAUUUCAUUACUCCUAGACGAAUUCAUGGGGCGGGGUUUAGCAUGCAAACCUCUGUGUCGGACCUCAUUGAUAAUCAAAAUGGUUGGAAGUGGCCGAUUGCUUGGUUCGACCUUUAUCCGGUUCUGAUUACUUUAACGACACCGACUUUUGUCCAUGAUGUUCCUGAUAAGAUCGUUUGGAAGGAUAGGCAGGGAAAUAUAUCGGAUUUCAGUGCUAGAGAGGCUUGGGAGAGCAUACGGGCGCGUGGUGAGGAGGUUGAUUGGGUUAAUUUGGUGUGGUUCAGUCAGUGUAUCUCGAGACAUUCUUUUCACUUGUGGCUAGUUAUUAAGAAUAAACUAAAAACUCAGGAUCGAAUGGGAAUCUGGGAUGCUGGAAGUGCAACUAAUUUAAAUCUAAUGUGCUGUCCACUGUGUAAGCACGGUAAAGAUUCUCGGGACCAUUUAUUCUUUCGGUGCUCUUAUGCUUUGCAGGUGUGGAAUCGGGUGAAAGAUAUGGCUUAUAUGGACUCUAUUGAUGCAAACUGGGAUUCCAUUAUUACGUGGCUUUCUCAACAUGCUACUAAUAAUUCAACGAGGAGUGUUGUAAGUAAGUUGGUUGUGGCUGCUUCUUCUUAUUUCAUAUGGCAAGAAAGAAACAACAGGCUGUUUUCUACAAAUCUGCGAAACGCUACAAUGAUUGCAAACAUUAUUCUUCAUACGGUUCGCCUAAAGCUGAUGACUUUCAAGGCUGGGAGAGGUCUGAAACACCCGCUGAUGUUGGAGAGAUGGAAGUUCUAA